CGUUGUCCUCUUUUCAGACGCACACAGACACCCGGACUGAAGAGGAAGAAGAGAGAAGAGCAGCUUUGUCUCUGUCAGUGUUUCCUCGACACACGGAGGUGGAGAGAGUCUGUAAGUUGACCUGAAGAGUUCAGCAGUGAACUAUGGAACAGUUUGUUGAAGACUCCCGCCUGAGUGACUGGAAGGUGAUUGGCUCUGGGGGUUUUAGACAAAUCUACAAAGCCAGGCAUCAUCAGUGGGGCAUUGACGUGACCAUUAAACUGCUUCUUCAGGGCGAGGGGACCGAGAAUUCUUUGCUGCGUGAGAUCAAGAUGAUGCGUCAAGCCACCAGCCCGCAUGUUAUGGCCGUCAGAGGGAUCUUCAAGGGUCCAACGCCCUUCUCUGGCAGGUCAAUACAGCUUGGUCUGGUCAUGGAGCUCAUGGAGAGAGGAUCAUUGGCCUCCCUACAGGCAGCAUUGAGGGAACCUCCACCCUGGCCGCUGGUCUUCAGACUGGCUCACCAAGUGGCUCUGGGUAUGAACUACCUCCACAGUCUGCCUCUUCCCAUGGUCCACCAGGACCUGAAGCCCCAAAACGUGCUGCUAGACGACGCUCUCAAUGCCAAGCUUACAGAUUUUGGACUUGCCCGGAUUUGCUGCAGCGUCACACAGUUUCCCAAGAACGAUGAACCACUAGGAGGGACCAUUAACUACAUGCCACCUGAGGCUUUUGAAGCAUCAUACAUGCCUUACAGAUCCUUUGAUAUCUACAGGUACAAGAGCAUCCAACCAGCACUUGAAUAA